AUGACAAACCGACAAUUUCGAUUUCGACUUCCUUGGCAAUCCGUAAAAGCUUCUUCUCGACCCGAAAACGAGUCAUCAACACGCAGUUCUGAGCCUACAGAUGAAGCUGAAACUUCUAAUUCAGCUGCUGAUACCGUCCCAUAUAUGCAGCAUCUACCAGAGCUGUCUCCUUUAGAAUCAGCUCAGGCACCUGAAACAAGUGAAACUAUGCUACCUUCAAAAUCUCAUAAGAAAGCCAAAGUUCAUUCUCAACCAUCGUCACAUUCCCGAGCGAAAAAACAAACCCGAACGGCUACCAAGCCUCCAUCUGCAUCGAAAGUGACCCCUCAAUCUUCAGUUUCUUCCAACAAGUCUCCAACAACGUCGGCCAAGGCGUCUCCGUCUCAUGAUGCAUCAAAGCCUUCAUCAUCAGCAGGCAAAGUUUCUCCAUCUCAUGAUACUUCAAAGCUUUCAUCCCCAGCAGGCAAAGGCAAAGUUUCUCCCUCUCAUGAUACUUCAAAGCCUUCAUCACCAGCAGGCAAAGCCUUUCCGUCUCGGGAUGCUUCACAGCCUUCAUCAUCAGCAGCUGCAGCGCCUCGAUCCCAAAUCAGGUCAAAGCCACCGUCCCCAUCUCAAACGUCCAGUAAAAACCAUCCACAAUCGAAACCAACAUCACAAUCAAGAUUGAAAGCUGAUUCUCAACCUUCAUCACCUUCACGGCCAGCACUUUCACCUCAAGCUUCUUCUAUACCACGGUCACCGUCUCAUGAAAACUCUCGACAACAACCAUCGAAAAAGGCCUCUCGGGUUCAGUCUCCAUCUCAUUUGUCCAGCAAACCUACUGCACAAUCAACAUCACAACAGCUUACUGAAUCUCCUGCAACCAUAGGAGAUCAAACAACAAAAAGAGUUGUUUCUCAUCCCGCAGAUCAAUCGCCACGAGCAAGAUGUAAAAGCAGGGAAAAUCAGGUGCAAACCAAAUCAAAGCAGUCUCCAAAACCAGACUUGAAACCAGUGGAAUUCAAAGCAUCAAAGCAUCAGCCUGAAACCAUGGAAGAGUUCAUAUCUAAGAACACUUCCUAUCCCCAUUCAGACCAGGAUUUUUCGGAAAUCCCAAUAAUCAUCGAUGAAACCAUUGAAAAUGGUCCAGAGACCUCUCUAGAAUCGCAGACAGAGUCACAAGAAAGUAAGGAAAUAAAGAGUUACGAGGAAGAUCUGGAAAAGACAACCAAUGCACUUCAGAUCAAUGCAUCUAAAAGCAAAUUAAUCACAUCUGCUGAAAUCACGUCGCCGUUUGAACCAGAAAAUAGCGAUUCACAACAGGAAGGAACCAUGGAAGACUUAUCGAAAGCUUUUCAGACGCUAAACAUCAAAUAUCCAGAAGAAAAUCCAAAGAGUUUCACAACACUCACCGGCGAUAACAAAGGAGCGUCAAUGCACUUACUCUCCGGCGAAGCUACAAAAGAAAGUUCAAUCCAUAUCCACCGUCAGUAUAAGAGUGAUCCAGACAAAGGUCCGGAGAGUUCCACAGACAUCGAAGGAAAUUCCAAUGAAGAAACGCCUCAAGAUUCAAAAACAGAAGAGGAUCCACCUCUUGAACUAUACAUCAACAUCAAUGUACAAGGUAUCAACAACUCACUCCUGUCCAAUAGCUCAUUUACUGAAAACAAUCCAGGAAUCAAGUUGAACUUCGUUCCACAACAAACUAAAUCAGAAGAUAAACCACAUUCACUCCAAGCUCAGAAGGCCAAAUAUACAGCAAAACAUACAGAAAACCAUAUCUAUGAAUCCACAGUAAGACGAAGAUGUCUCGGAGGGCUGUUAAUGGAGUCGAGCGAUUCAGACGGCGACAAUUCAGAAAAGCCCCGACGCCAUGGCUGCCGCUACAGAGGCAGUUUCGAAGGAAAAUAG